UUAGAAGAUCGGAAGAUACUCUGGUAGUUAGGUUUCCGCCACAAAAACAGUUAUUACCGACAUGAAGUUCGGUUAACACUUUUUGGGCCACAGGGGAAAAUGACUGACUAAAUGCCUUCAUAAAAUGGUCCAUCCUUUUAUAUAUAUAUUUUUGUUAGGUACUUCAAGACUGCAUCUCAAGUGAAGAAUUGUCCGUUCUUAGAAGCGCCAAACGGCAAUGCGGACGGAUCUUGGACGGUUCACCGGACGGUCCACCUUGUCAAGAUGGCCUCCAAUCAAGCAGCGGCGCUGCAGAAGAUCGAGCUCCGCCGGAAGUUUCUCGCUUAAAAGUUAUGACGAGCCACCAUGGGCUGACCAAGUAAAGGACAAAGGGGACCUUUUCUAUGUAGAACCCUACACUGAGCCCUCCUCCUCUCUACUGAAUGAAAUAGAACAUCUGAACCUCAGCGGUAACUCGACCCCUGAUCGCUCCACAGAGAGACAGAAGAGUAAAGCUGUCCUAAAAAAACUUAGCAGUGUAAAAAAGAUCCUACGGAGGGAUAAAAAUGAAGAGACAAUGGACAAAAAGAAUCUUCGCAACAGUCUUAAUCUGGAUGGGCAGGACAUAUUGGAUGGAGGGGAAGGGAUGACUGGAAAAAGUAUAAAAAUGGACAUCCACUUGAUAGUCACACCGCCAAAGCUACAUUCUGGGCGUCGUCAAGAUCUUGAGACUCUACUAGGGAUCAUCCCUGGCCGGGACAAGGCAGGGAGGAUGUCACAAAGUGAUAGUUUUUCAGGAUCACGGAUCUUUAUUAAAGGUUUUGUACCUGAUGGUCCGGCUUUGAAAAGUGGGGAACUGAGAAUUGGGGACCUUAUUCUUUCUCUGAAUAAGUUAGACCUGAAUUCCAGCAAUAUGAACACAAUAUUGGCCGCCAUUACUGGACCAAUGGAGAUCAUCUUAACAAUCCAGCGAUAUACGCAGCCUGUCAACCCAGUCAUCACGUCCAAUGUGCCAAUGAAAGAUGACAGCCAUCUGAUCAAGCUGAUCAGUGGUGAGCUAGCUGUUGUACAAGGCCAGCCAGACUUACUGGACCUUGCACAUGUGGUGCUUUACCUCAGUAUGGGCAGUAGCGAAGAUGAGGACGAUGAUAAGGAUAUUGUAUACCAGUACCCUGUGUCUAAAUCUGGAGCUCAGCUAGUUGCUAUGAGGGGGAUCUUCCUUACUCUUAAUGAUCUUCUAAGCUCUGUCACUGGAACCAAUGUACAAAGUACUUCAUUGACUAUAAGUGGAAAAGUUAUCAACAUUGGCUACUAUAAAGCUGGAAAGCGUAUACUAGUACUGGCCAUGCCUGCAGACAAGGUACCACUUCUCUAUCUGCAAAAGAUAGUGUCUGAUAUAUCAAGAACUUUGUUUACGAUUUUUGGUUCCAUGGACAGAGCUUUUUCUGAGAGCACUAAUAAAGGCAGACUAGACCACUUCUUCUCCUUAUUGUUUUCCAACACUCUUGGCAAGAGUUGCUCUAGAGAACAUACUGGAGCAGUAGACAGUUUUCCAGACUGUUUGCCUGGCGUUAGAUGGCUCAAUCUUCCAAUUGCUGCAAUGGUAAAUAUUAACUGUUGCCUGAGUGAACUUGAGGCUGCUGACUAUGGCGAGCUUGCAGACGAGCUAUUUGAAAUUAGAAGAGUUUAUACAAUUUUAGGAUCAUGUGUAUUUUAUAAGGGCAUCUUAUUAGCAAAUCAUUUAUUUUCUGAAGAUUUUGAAGAUAUUACACUAUACUGUAAAUACUAUUGUCUCCUGGAUGUUGGCAAGCAACAAAGAGUUGGGCAGCUUGUCGUUUGGAGAGAGGUUCAUUUGACUAGAAGACAUAAGAAAGAAAGUCGGAAAUCUCAAGAUUACAAAGAACCAGAUGCAAGGCAUUUCCUUCUUAUUGUUGGUCUGAAACACAUUCUGAUGUGUGUGUUACUUGAAGCGGGAGGGGCAGCCAAAUGGGCACAAGGAACACCAGGUCCAGACCCCUAUUAUGUAGAGCAAGUAAAGAACACUAUUAUGCAAAUUGAAACGCAAGAUCUUGCUUCUAUUUGUGAAGCUAGCUUGCGUAGUGCUCCCACCCCACCCCUGACGACAGCCGAUAUCAUCUUAAGCGCGUCAUCAUCCUCUGCGCCAUCGGACCGUAGCUCAACCUCAGGGAACAUUUUAUCCCCUUCAACCCCUCCCAUGUGGCGAAAGCACAACAGCUUAGAGAGUCUACGGCUGCCAGGGGAUGAGAUCGACUCCUCAGAUAGCGGCAGCCUACCCUCGGCAUUUCGCAGGAGAGGUUCAGAUAGCUCAGGGAGUGUUAGUAGCCUAACGGCCAGGGGCAAGUUGCGCUCCUAUCGCUCCCUCUCUUCUCUGCAGUCAUGUGGGUCGCUGAGAAAGAGUAUGACCGAGGGGAACCUGGACCCAGCACAUGCGCACAUCACAAGGCUAACCGCGGGUCCGGAUAACACACUGUUUCACUUUGUGACGUUCGACUCGUUGAGCGGAGUGGUUGUGUGCCCGACCUCUUCCGACACGGUGCCGAGACAGGGCACUGUACACGCUGAUGUGUUACGAACAUUCCACGAGACUUGUCUGAACAUUCGACGGUUCUUCCUUCCCUUCUAUAAACAGAAGCGAUCUUCAAGUAGAACUAAAGGUAAAGUAGCAGCAUUCUCCAAGUGCGGCCCAGAAGGAGUCUUCGAGCACGGGGCGAUGUUUCAAUGUGUUCCUGAAAACACGACAGAUCACAAAAAAGCUUCACCUACCCUCAAGUACUGGGUGAUCGGGCGUCUCUUUCCUGGCAAGCAUCCCAAGGAAUUCUACGUGUGCUAUCACAAUAUUGUGCCCCAGUGUGCGGUCGAGAUAGCUUUUAAACUCGGGUUUGGGGUUACGCCCUAAGGAGCCAGACAUCCAUGAGAGGGACAAUAUGGCGCUGAGGCUGAUUUGGUCACCAUUCCAGGAACUAUAUGGCGCUGAGGCUGAUUUGGUCACCAUUCCAGGAACUAUAUCGCGCUGAGCCUGGAUUGGUUAUCAUUCCAGGAACUGUAUGGCGCUGAGGCUGAAGUGGUCAUCAUUCCAGGAACUAUAUUGCGCUGAGGCUGAUUUGGUCACCAUUCCUGGAAUUAUAUGGUUCUUGGACUGAGGUGGUCACCAUCUCAGGAACUCAAUGGCGCUGAGGCUGUAUUAAUCAUCAUUCCAGGAACCAUUACAAGUGAUUGUAAGGGAUUCACUUUUCGCCGUUCUCGGUGUCAAGAGCGCGCAAUAUACUUUUCUCGGAAAGAUUGCAUUAGUAAAGGGACACAUCUUUGCCUCCAGGCGUUCAGGAAUGGGGUGCAGUGACGUCUUUCGCACAUGUUUUUUAUGUUGAAUUGCGUCGACUAAAAUCGUCCCAUUAUGCUGUUCUCUUUUAUGAACUCGAUAAAAUGCUUGCAGCCCCUUCUUUGGCGAAAGUCCAUGGGGACGAGGAAAACGAGGGAGCGAGUGCGCGUUUCUCCCCUGCGGCGCGAACUAGUGCCUUCGACACUCGCUUCCUCGUCCCCACGAACUUUCGCCAAAGAAGGGACUGCAAGCAGUCUAUGAACUCCAACCAAUCCCCCGAACAACGCAAGAAUGGGAAAUAUGGAGAGCCGAAUGCUAGCCGGAAGAAUCUUGAGUGCAGUACGAUUUUCUGGUUUCCCUACUUUAGCCAGUGGACUGUAUUUUUCGUCUACGUAAACGUUUUCGGAGCAUAGCCCCUUCGACAAACUAUCGCCUGAAGAAUAAUCUUGUUUCGCGUGGCCCAAGGGAAAUUAAAGCUACAGACGUAGACUGAUGCCCCAGCCUAGUACAUCAAAUCGUGCAUCAGCGAACAGACUCUACCCACAUUCGUAAAUACGCUCAUUACCGACUGGCGCUUGUAAUAUUUUUAACGCAACGUUAUUCUAAAUGACGUAAUAAGUUGUGAAUAUACAGAAGGCUGAUAUAUGUAGGCUUCGAAAUGUUUGAAGCUAUAACUCUAUCAAUAAAAGGUUGAAAACGGU